AUUCUCGACGGUUGGGAAUUGGAUUUUGAGAUCUUUCCGUCUGACGAGGAUCAUCCCCACCCGAUGAGUCUAAGGUACCUCUCCUUCUGCGGCAAGUCAACGCCGGAGGCUCAGUACACGAGCAAGCAGAACGUUGCUCAAAUUCAGUUCAUCGUGCCUAAAGAAGGUCAGGGUUUUCAGGUCAAGAUUAACUUCAACGCAAACUAUAAACCUUGUAACAUGCUACUGCUCAAUAAUGAUUACCACAAGAUCACACUGAGGAACUUUGGGCUAGCCCGCAACUGCACGGUCUUGUCUCUGAACCCACAGACAGUACAGCUGUUGUACAUCAACGUAGGUGAGAGGAGUAGAAAUUCUCUGCUCUAUCGAUCGCUACAUGAGUUACCUGGGGGGCUCAGAACGGCGUGCCAAAAAGACCACGGUGAAGAUAGCGUGCAGCUGUACCAGGGAAGGGGCGUGGGUUUGUCCAGUAUGAAGCUGGUUCUAGGAUUCUGUGGUCUCAGGCAAACGGCCGCCCACAGGUUGAUCCAACUUCGGUGUUUGAGUUCAGCUCUCAGGCUGCAGUCCAGCGGAGACUACUUCAACGUUGUCAGGUUUGCUUUCAUGCCUGUCGAGCCAGUAGAAGGGACAGUGUGUUAG